AUGUAUGUAAAUGUAUGUAAAUUUAUGUUAAUAUAUAUAUACAUUAUGUACAACCUAAUUUUCCAAUCAGAUGUGAGUACAUUGUCAAGAACCCAGCUGAGAAAAUGUAGAAGAAUUUUAUCUUGUGCCUCAUUCAACAUGGAUGAUUUUGGAUCGACAGAAAUUGUGGAAAAGGAAGAUUUCUCCUAUAGUUAUCCAAGUGAAGAAAUUCAUACAAAUAAUAAUAAGCGUUCAAUUGAGAUUAAAUAUUCAAAUGUGAGUAAUCGUUCAAGUGGGAGUAAUGGUUCAAAAGAUUGCUUGCAGCAAGGAGAGUUUAGUAACAUGUGUGAAAACCCGAAUGCAUAUGGCAAAUCUCCAAAUUGGGACAUUGAAGAACUUCCAUACGGAUGUACAAAAUAUGAUAUUCAUAGAAAUUUAACAGAUGAUGAAAUUUUAGGUCUAACAGAAAAGUUAUUCUUUUCGCUUAGUAAGAGAAAAGCAUUUAUAAUAUAUUAUUAUUAUUGGAUAUCUUUAAAAAGAAAAUAUCUCACCAUGGUUAAUACUUUAGAAAGAUUGCUCAUUAAACAAGCACGGGAAAAUAAAUUAUCUAUUGAACAUGAAAAAAAUUUAUGGAGUGCAUGUAAAGAACAACUUAUAAAAGAUUUAAUUUCCACUCAAUUAACGUGUGAAAAGCUUUUUUUUAACUUUAUGCGUAAAAGAAGAAAAGUAUGGACUAUACCUUUUGAAAUACUUUUGUUUCGAUGUUCAGAAUUAGUACAUGGAACUAUAAGAGUAAAUAUGAAGAAAUGGAAUGGUCUUUUGGAAGAGAAAGUAAAGAAAUAUGCAGCAAUAAGAAAACAAAAAGAUAUUAUUUAUUUACUAUUAUGA